AUGUGGUUAAAAGAGGGGGAUCUGAAUAUAAAGUUUUUUCAUGCCUCUACUAAACAGAGAAGAGCGAUCAAUCGUAUUGUGGGGCUUCAUAAUGAGAGUAAUGUCUGGGUCGCUGGAGAGAAGGAGAAUGAAAAGGUAGCGGUCAACUAUUUUGAAGACCUCUUCACAUCUAUAUUACCAAUGGAUUUCACGGAAGUCCUGGGAAAUGUGUCAGAACACAUCACUAUAACGGAAAAUGAAACAUUGACUCGCUCUGCGACGGAAACAGAGGUGCGCGAAGCUUUAUUCAUGAUGCAUCCGGAGAAAGCACCAUGGCCAGAUGGGAUGACUGCUUUAUUUUUCAACGUUCAUGGCACAUAG